CAAUGCGUGUGUAGGGAGGGCCAUGCGUCUCUGGUGAAGGAAGUGGAGUCCGAGCUGCAGGAGAAGCCUGGGGCGAUGGUGUUGUCUGUUGGAGGUGGAGGCCUCAUGAACGGGGUUGUCGAAGGACUGCGUCACGCCGGCUGGGGAAAUGUUCCAGUCGUAGCGAUGGAGACCAUGGGGGCACACAGCCUUAAUGCUGCUAUAAAGGCUGGGAAGUUGAUCACUCUGCCUGAGAUCACAAGCAUUGCGACAACAUUAGGCCUGACAAGAGUAUCUGCACAGACCCUGAAACUUGCUGGCGAACAUACCGUUUUCUCCGAGGUGGUCACAGACCAGGAUGCUGUCAAAGCUGUCGAGCGCUUUGUUGACGAUGAGAAGGUCCUGGUGGAGCCUGCGUGUGGCGCUGCCCUGGCAGCUGUGUACUGUGACAUCAUUCCCAGACUGCAGAAGGAGGGCAAGCUGAAGCAGGACCUGGGCCCUGUGGUGAUCGUGGUAUGUGGAGGCAACAACAUCAGCAUGGAACAGCUCCAGAAACUGAAGCAGCAGUUGGGCAUGUUUUCUAGCUAGGCAGACAGACGGCUUUGGGUUCUGCUGAUUCUUUCUCCAUCACUCCAUUCCCCAGAUCGUUCCAGCUUUAGCUCCCCUACUUCAUUGUGCACUACCAAUAUGUGCAUCUGAUUAUGAGUCAUGAACACCAUUGUGCCACAUCAUUCCAGACUGUGUGUAGUAUACUCCUGAAAGGGCAAUAGCUUACGGUUAAGAUAGAAAAGCAUUGAAAGGCGUUGAUAGGCAUACAGUCUACUGCUCUGGUAGUAGUAGUCUUUCAAUUGAAUUGCCUAGAUGAUUAACUUCUUGGUUUAAAAUUAACCAAGUAGAGUAGUAUUGUUGUUUGUAUUUAGCAUGUUUUAUGUUCAUGUAAACUAUACCAUUGGUUGUAUUUUCUUCAUCCUCUUUUGUACUGUAUGAGUGAUAUUUAAAAAUAAGUAUAAUUAUACACAUUUUUCCCGAAUAUCCUGUCUGUAAAGUUUCCUGUGUGUAGCUGGUGAGAGAGUCAGGCGCAGGACAGCAGAUAUGAGGAAGAAACCCGUGUCACAAUGCCUGGAAUGGUGGGUGUGGAGUCAAAUGCAGAGAGCAGAGGAUACUGGGGAAACCUGACUUUAUUAGGUUUCCAAAGCGAACGCCCAAAACAACAGGCAAAAUCAGUCACAAAAUUGGCCAACCCAACACAGGGCACAAACGGACAGGAACACAACACGCACAACCUGAUUAACGGAAAACAAGCCCGCACAAAAACAGACGGGCCUAACAGGCUUAAAUAGACUGAAUCAAAAAACGAAAUAAGAGACAGGUGCGACCAAUAAGACCAAACAAACAGAAAAAGAAAAGGGGAUUGGUGGCGGCUAGUAGACCGGCGACGACGACCACCGAGCGCCACCCGAACAGGCAGGGGAGCCACCUUCGGUGGGAGUCAUGACAACGUGCUUUACUCAAAAAAGGCAAAUAUACAAAGAAACAUAUUUAGCACACACAGACGGACCGGAAUAUACAAUAAACAAUCACUCACAAAAACCAUGUGGGGAACAGAGGGUUAAAUAAUGAACAAGUGAUUGUGGGAUUGACAACAGGUGUGUGAAACAAAGACAAAACAAAUGGAAAAUUAAAAGUGGAUCGGCAGUAGCUAGAAAGUCGGUGACGUUGACUGCCGAACGCUGCCCCAAACAAGGAGAGGGACCGACUUCGGCGAAAGCCGUGACACUGUCUGGAGUACCAUUUCUUAUCAUCUGUGUUAUGAAUUUACUAUUUAGAUUCUGGUGAGGCUUCUUUCUACAGUGCAAAUAAAUAAACUAAAACAACAAACUAAAUUUAAUGAAACUUAAACUUCUUUUUUUUGUAUUAUUGGAUGAAAUUCUGACCAAAAUCCAUAUUAAAUACAUCUAAUUGGCCAGUCAUAUUGUUCACGGCAGCGCAGGGUUUCAUCCUAAAGAUGAUAUGGUGAGGUUGGGAGAUAUUCAUGCACUCAACAUUUGAAGGUCUUUUAUUUUGUAUUUAUUUUUACUUAACCUUUAUUUAACUUGGCAAGUACAUU